AAAGGUUACUUUCUCCCAUCUUUGGUCUGAAAUAAUUAAUAAUGUCGUUGUAAACUUUACACAGCAAUUUGGGCCACCUUUCCGUUUUAGUCGCACUUAUAAUUCAUUUUAAAUAACACGCAUUCAAUGAAAGGCAUGAUUAUAGGGAUGCCCUCAGAAAAUACGGAAACAAUUUCUUCUAUCAUUUAAUUGUAGCAUUUUUUCAUAAUGGAAGUGUAUAUAACCACACCAUCAAUACAGACGCGGCAGAAUCACCACAACCAUGAUCUACACACCAGUAAUAAUCGCCACCUUUGUUCUGAUUGUCUCGGGCGCCAACGUUAAGCGCGGCGUCGUCUUUGAGGCCUUCCCUCAGGACUUCUCCUACCAUUCCUUUCCUCAAUUUUCUGCCCCCAAGCCGCACGUCCCUUCCCCCGCUGAAAUAGCGGCGGCUAUUCAAGCCGCCAAGGAAGCCUCCUCCAGCGUGAUGGCCGCCCAGCAGCGCGUCCAAGAAGCUAAGGACGACGUCCUUAAUCAGCAACACGUCGCCAACCACAAGCAAACCCAAGCCGCUCUGGCUCUACAGAAGACGGAGGCGGCGGCGGCGGUGCAGCAGCAGGAAGCCAAGUCGGCCGCCAACGCGCUAAUCCAGGCCCAACAAAGACUAGCCCACGCCAAAGCCGAGGUGGCGGAGCUACAAAAAGUAGCGUCUGCCAAGGAAGCACGAGCCGCCGUUGUUAUUCAGAAGAGCGCGGCGGCGGCGGCGGCCGAAAUCCAAAGGAGCGAUGAGACGGCGAGGAAACUGGCGGCAUUGCAGAGUUCCAACGCCGAAGCUAUCAAGCAGAGUUCGGCCGGAAAAGACGGGAGUUUGACGGCUACGUCGGCGGCGGUGGCGGCGGCCGCAGAGAGAGGGGGCAACGGGCAGCAAGUGGCCUGGGUGACACCGAAGUUCGUGCACGUUAAUAACCCAUGGGGGUAAUUUUUGUAAUGAGUUUUUUUGAAUAAAAGUAUUUUCUGGAGUAAGACAAGGAUUUAAUUGUU